AUGGCUAGCAAUAUGUACGGCACCACGGUGGCAUGUAGGAUGUGCUACAGGGAUCAGUACGGGACGCCGGCGCCGCGCGACUUCACCUGUGCGCCCAAGAAAUUGGAGGCCAGGAGGUGGGCGAACGGGUACCACCUCAUCUCCAGGCUCUGUCAGUGGAAGCCCAGAGGCAGCAAGUCUGAUGGUUCACUGCACGGGCGCGGGGGCUGCGAUGCUCGCUGCCACUCUUGUGGUUCUCAUAACAGCUGCGAAUGCGAAACGCAAGAGUGCGAUGCUGCUGAAGAAGGUGGCGCCAGCCCUUACAGAGAUUUCAAGCAACAUUCGAGGGGAAAUCCUCAAUUUUCAGAUGAUCAAGUUCCAUCAAAGAAGAAGUCAGCCUAUGCUAGUCAAGGGUUGGCUGAAGCCUGCAAAUUUGUUUACAAUGAUGCUAAGUUUGUAAAUGAAAGGGCUCAAAGUGACAUUCUAUUACUUUCACGUGGCAUAACAAGGCUGAACAAACGUGCAUGCCAGGAUGCUGCUGUUUUGGGCCUGGGGUUUAUCAAGCUUGAUGCUCGUGCACGAAAGGAUACUCAAAAGAUUGACCACACUGUGAAGGAGAGAGCAGCGCGCCUUAACCAUUUUGCCAGAGCAUUUAAGGAGCGAGCUCAGUCAGACUUGAAGAAAGCUGCAGACAAACAUUGGAGUGAUGGCGCUUUGGAGGCAGAUCUGCGACGAGCUGACUUGGUUGUUAAACGACGUGCCAUGGAAGACGCUCUCAUGGCAUUGAAGUUUGUUCAGGACAUCCAUGACAUGAUGGUGAACAGAUUAUAUGAGCAGCUUCCAAAGGACGGUUCAUCUUCUCGUACAAAUUCAACAGGGUUUAUUUCACUUGAGAAGAAUGGGAAGACUCUUGAACUGUUUCCUGGUGAAGUUUCUGCUGAUCAAAUAUAUGCCAUUGAGGAAGCAUACCAGAGUAUGGCAUCUGCCUUUUCUGAAGCUGAUGGUAUUGACUACACAGAUCCUGAGGAGCUUGAAUUGUUAAUAGCAACUCUAAUUGACCUGGAUGCCAUGGAUGGGAAAAGGAGUGUUUCCUUGAUUGCUGAAUGUUCAAGCUCUCCAGACGUUAAUACUAGGAAAGCCCUAGCUAACGCAUUGGCAACAGCUCCAUCUAUGUGGACUCUUGGGAAUGCUGGCAUGGGUGCAUUGCAGAGAUUGGCUCAAGAUCCCAAUUAUGCUGUAGCUAGGGCUGCAUCAAGCGCCAUUGAUGAACUCAAGAAGCAGUGGGAACUUGAAGAAGGUGACAGUCUGAGGUUUGUAAUGAAUUCAGCAGCAGAUGAUGACACAUGA